AUGGCGCUUUGGCCCACCCGUCGUGUCGGAAACCUCAUGCACGAUAUCGAGAGGGACAUGAUGGAUCCCUACAGGCUAAUGCGCGACGUGGACCGCUUUGAGCGCCAGAUGGAGCGCCGAAUGGAGCGUGAAAUGCAUCCGUACUUGGGCGAGGACCACUCAAUCUUUCGUCUUGCAAAUGAGGCUCAUGAGGUAGUGAACGACGAGAAGAAGUUCGCUGUCGCGGUUGAUGUGUCGCAAUUCAAGCCGGAGGAGCUGAAAGUGCACAUCGAAGGACGAGACCUUACCAUUGAAGGACGCCAAGAGAUUAAGACCGACCACGGUUUCACGGAGAGGUCGUUUGUCCGCAGAUGGGCACUUCCCGAUGACGUUGACCUCGAUGCUGUGCACACUCAGCUGAUGAAUGACGGCAAGUUAGAGAUCGAGGCUCCGAAGACUGGCGAACACACCAACAGAAGAACACUUCCUAUCAUGGGUCCUAAAAAGUAA